GAUGCCUAGAAUGGACCUUCAGACUGAAAAGCUAGUGAUCAUGAUGACCGAGAAUGCCUCUUUUCAACCCUAAGGUUAAACUUUGGCUCAUUUUUAUCGCAGCAUAAAAAGCCUGCCUGCUGCUCCUCCGUCGAGACGACUUAACCUAAGUUCUCAGUAAACAGCAAGACACGCAAGUCUCACACAUACAAAAAGAGGAGGAGUGCGCUACCACCACUCCACCAAAGUGCACUCUGACUGUCUCAUCCUACAGAAGGGAAGACGGCCAAGGAACAAGGUAAGAAAUCACACUGUCCUCCCGAGCAAGCUUUUGCAUCUAACUAGCGGUCGCUUCUCACAGUACCCGCGUCGGCACUUGUGUUUGUGAGCAAAGCAUAACAACCACUACAAAUCGUAUCACUGGCAUACUAGAGAACAAGAAUUUCAGGAGACAGGACCUAGAUUCAGCUCCCACAGAAAAAGAUACCAUGAAGUACAUUGCUGAACUGUUCAAGAGAUGGGGCAUCUGGAGCGGCGACCCAGAAAUGGAGUCGCACAAGCCCUCCAGAAAGUCUGACCGUAUCGACCCAGAAAUGGAGUGGCGCGAGCCCUCCAAAGAGUCUGACCUGUCCUCAGACACGGCGACGACGACAGCCCUGAAGCCUGCAACUACGCCGUGGAUGAGGGCCGAGAGCGACAAUCUACAGUGUAAUGACGAGAAGGACUUUCCGGGCCAUGCCGACAUUUCUCCCUUGGGUGCUGCAGGGGCGAUUGGCUUCGUAUGCUCGGCGGCAGAAAAAGAGUACUGGGGCAUGAGACCAGGCGAUGGUCCUUACUGGGUGACGAUAACGGACGAGGAUACUCACGAUCACCGGUUCACUUGGUCUUGGAUCGAGGGGUGCACUAUGGAAAACCCCCCUGUUCCGCUUAACGAUCCGUUUGGUGAGGGAGGGUUGGAUGCUCGUGGAAAGUCGCGCUGCGAUUUUUCGUUUGCAAAUGCUUGGGCUGGAUGUGAGUAUACAAUGAGAUCGAUUCUAUCUAUCAGACAGAGCUCUAACAUAUUUUGCAGGCAACAAUGGCGGUGUCGGAGGUUCAGUAGAUGUCGGCUGUAUCAGGUAUUUGAUGGAAUCUGGUGUCUGAGAUGGAUAAGCGGAGCAAGGGAAUGGAGCACCCGUCUUGGAGCUGGGUAAGAUGGUGCAUCUCAACAGGUCAAAAGGAUGGACUGACCUAUGAAAUCAUUUCUUUCUAAAACUGCCAUUUCAUUAGUAGACUUUAGUGGGGAGUGUUUCAACUGUCCAUCCCGUAACACCAUUGGCUCUGCCUUUUAUAGGCACCAACAGCCCUGUAGAAUGACACUUAUGCUGCCUAAACACCCAGUUACCUUAA